UGCGGAUUUCAACAAUCUAAAAAACAAGUAUUUUAGGGCUAAAACUCUGUUCCGAAGACCAAUACAAUGCCAUUAUAGUUUCACUCAGCUGCCCCUUUUUACUUCUCAGUUUUGAUCAUGGAGAACGACGUCGACAUGUACGACGGAAGCGACGUGGAUUCCUCCGGCGAUGACUUCUACGCCGACGACGGCCUCAUCAACGGUGCAGACAGUGACGCGGAGUCCUCCGGCGAUGACAUUAUCGAUAAUGAUCCUGAUGAUCUUCCCCGUGACAAAAACUAUGUCGUUUUGUCCGACGAUGAUAUCGGUCGUCUCAUGGACGAUGAUAUCUCUAAAGUUUCCUCUGUUCUAUCAGUUUCCAAAACUGAGGCAUCCGCUUUACUCCGUCGGUAUAAUUGGAGUGUGAAUAAAGUUCACGAAGAAUGGUUUGCGGAUGAAUCCAGUGUUCGAGAAGCUGUUGGUUUGAAAAUACAGGAAAAAGUUGUUCAAUUUCCGGAAUCAAAGGAGGUAGCUUGUGGAAUUUGUUUUGAGGAUUAUUCUUCUGAUGGAAUUUUGGCUUCUGCUUGUGGUCAUCCUUUCUGUGUUGAAUGUUGGAAAGGGUAUAUUUGUAAUUCAAUAGCUGAUGGUCCUGGAUGUUUGAAUUUGCGAUGUCCAGAACCAUCUUGUAAGGUUGCUGUCUCACAGGAUAUGAUCGAUCAGUUAACGUCCGAUGAUGAUAAAAAGAGGUACUAUGGAUUUCUUUUUCGUUCUUAUGUUGAGGAAAGCAGGAAAAUUAAGUGGUGUCCUGCUCCGGGAUGCAAUUUUGCGGUUGAAUUUGAUAUAGGGAGUGAUAAUUGUGAAGUUAUAUGUGGGUGUUCGAAUUCUUUUUGUUGGACUUGUACGGAGGAAGCUCAUCGUCCUGUUGAUUGUGAUAUGGUGGUUAAGUGGAUGGAGAAAAACAAUGCAGAAUCAGAGAACACAAAUUGGAUUCUGGCUUACACAAAGGCUUGUCCUAAAUGCAAGAGGCCGAUUGAAAAGAAUGAAGGGUGUAUGCGAAUGACUUGUAGGGACCCUUGCAAGUAUCAGUUUUGUUGGUUGUGCCUUAAUUCUUGGUCAGUUCAUGGGUAUAAUUCAUGUAACAAGUACAAGCCAGGGAAUGAAGAUGAGCAAAAGAAAGAAAUGGCCAAGCAAUCUAUUGAGAAGUACACACAUUAUUACGAGAGAUGGGCUGCUAAUGAGAAGUCAAGGAGAAAAUCUGUAGAAGAUUUGAGGAGAAUGGGGGAAGUGAAUGUUAAGGAGCUGAGUGAAUUGCAAUCCAUACCAGAGACACAAUUGAAGUUCAUCUUAGAAGCCUGGAAGCAGAUUGUUGAAUGUAGGAGAGUGCUGAAGUGGACUUAUGCUUAUGGGUUUUACUUGCCUGAUGAGGAGCACACAAAAAGACAGUUUUUUGAGUAUUUGCAAGGCCAGGCUGAGGCUGGUUUGGAGAGGCUUCACCUUUGUGCAGAGAAAGAACUGGAGAUUUACCUGAAUGUUGAAGAAGGUAAUUCCAAAACAUUUGAUGAUUUCCGUAUAAAGCUUACUGGUCUGACUAGUGUGACUAAGAAUUACUUUGAGAAUUUAGUUAGAGCACUUGAGAAUGGUCUUGAAGAUGUUGAUUCGCAAGGAGCUCUUGGAAACAUAGCAACGAGCUCCAAAAAUGCAGCUGUGAGCAGCAAACAGACAAACUCGAAAAAAUUAGUACUAGGUGGGGACAGAAUGCUCGUCAAGGCAAGAGCUGAGAAAAUUAUGACCCUCAUGAGAAUUAGAAAUGCAAAACUACCUAGCACUAAUAGCACUGCGAGCUCGAAACAUGUCUUAGUUGCUGGUGGAGGAAAUACGAAUAGCUCCAAUAAUCUUUUUAUAAGAGAAGACAACACUUUGAGAACAUCAAAAAAUCCACUUGAAGCUUGGGGCGGCAAAUUUGUGGGAUCAAAAGAUGCACCUGUAGCAGCAAGGAGCUACACUAUGGGCGCACAAUUUUUACAACUAGCUGGGGUGAGCAACACAACCAGUUCGAGUAAUUUACAGCAAGCUGGGGGCAGAAAGUUAAUAAACAUUGGAGCAGACUGUGUGAAAAACUUGGCAAAUGCACAUGUGGCUGGAAGCAACAACCUCACUCGGUCUAAAACUCCACAUGUAGCUGGGGGCAGCAAGGUGGUGAACAUUGGAGGAGGCAGUGUGAAAAACUUGGCAAAUGCACAUGUGGCUGGAAGCAGCAACCUCACUGUGUCUAAAACUCCACAUGUGGCUGGGGACAGCAAGGUGAUGAACAUUGGAGGAGGCAGCUGGAAAGACUUGGCAAAUGCACAUGUGGCUGGAAGCAACAACCUCACUGUGUCUAAAACUCCACAUGUGGCUGGGACCAGCAGCAGAAUAGGUGGUGGGAAAAAGCACAGGAAAACAAAUGCUGGGGCACCCUUUAUCAUAAAGUUGGAUGACGACGAUUUAGGAGGGGCAACUUCUGCCACAGGAGCACCAUUAACACAAAAUUUGAUUGAUGAUUUUGAAGGUUGGGCAUGCGAUUCGUGCACAUUUCUGAAUGCUGGCUCUACCACGACAUGCCUAAUGUGCAGUGAAGAUGCUUCUGGCAGUUGGGAAUGCGAAAAGUGUACAUUUCUCAAUAAGAAGCAUGCUUCCACAUGCCAAAUGUGUGAGCACCAUAAAUGAAGUCCUUGCUCCUAAAAAUAAAUGGCUGCCUGGAGGAUACUCUUGGCCUCAAGUUAGCUUUUGCAUUAUUCUAACUUACUGUUUUAUCAGUCUUAUGUUCUGCUUUUGGUCAAUAGCUACCUAUAAGUUUCUUAUUGCAUCAGUUGGAUGCAUAAGCUUUGGGAGUAGUAUAGUUAUACAUAAUUACAUAUAAAUGAGGUUCCUGGUAAUUGUAGUGAUACACAUUCUCCAGGUACACAACGGCUUGAGCUUUGUGUUAUUACUUACUAGUAAUUGCCAGUAUUUUAUUCCCUU